AUAGUAACAAUAAUAAUAAAUUAUUUUAUUUAUUUUAAAUAGAAUGUUUAGAUAUUUAUUAAAACCAACAGUUCAAAAUAGAAUUGUUUCAGCUAGAAGAUUUUCAACAGCUACACCAAUAGUUAGCAACGAAGAUUUAACAGUUGGUACUCACAAAAUUCCAGAUAGUUUAAAAGAAAGACAAAUUAAAGAAUUUUUAAAUGGUGUAGAUUUCAGAGGUCAAACAGUAAUCAUUUAUAAACCAUCAAGAAAUACUAUGCAAACUGGUACUCUUGCCACAAGAAAAUGGGUUAUUGGAUUACCAUUCGCAGAUAAAUGGAAUGAUCGUUUAAUGGGUUGGUGUUCAUCCAAAGAUUCUCUUAAUCAAUUAAACUUAAAAUUUUCAUCUGAAGCUGAUGCUGUUGCCUAUUGUAAAGAAAUAGGUUUGGAUUAUACUAUUGUAGGUGGUGAAGAACAAAUUAAAAAGAAGAAGAAAUAUGGUUAUAGAUUUAGAUAUAGAGGCGAUUUAGAAGGUCAAGAGCUCAACGAAGAAUCAAUUAAUUAAAAUAUAUAAUAAAGUUUAAAACAUAAAUAAUAAUCAAU